AUGGAGGCCGCAGAAGUCUUGGGAAAAGAGAGCUUCUCAUCGUCCAUCUCUUCCAUCUCUGAAGGCCAAUUUGGUGCUGUGGUUGGCUCUACCCAGGACGUUGUCAUGGAUGCAGAGUUCCAGGUACUGCUGAGAAACCUCAUGGACAGAUACUACCAGGAGGUAGAGAAUGAACUCACCUACACCCUCGCUUGUAAUGAAUACCUCUCUUUGGUAGAAAAGUACAUUGAAGAACAGCUGCUGGCGUGGAUUCCCAAAUUCAACAAGGCGGCUUCCAUAGCAACAGCACAGCACCGUGAAGAUGAGGUGGCCAAUGACCUAUUCAACAUGCUGUUCACAUUUACGGACUUUCUGGCGUUCAGAUGUUUCUGGACUAUAGAGCAGAAAAAGAAGGCCAAGGGCUGGCCUUAA